AUGGAGAUGGAUGUUAAGGGAGUUUCUCCGUGCCCGGAGCCCAUCCCCCCGGCGGCGGGGUCUGGCGGCUGCCCGCACCAGCGCCCGCACCACCGCGAUGGGCAGCCCGCGGAGCCGGCCCCCGCCGCCGACAGCGGCCACCCGGAGCGGAGGCACGGCAGCGAGAAAGAGGACAAAAAGAGAACUACAGCCAACAAGACUUCUGGUGCUCCUUCCUACAGCAGAUGGUCCAGUUCACAGCCCCAUCAGUCCAGCUCCACAGUGAGAACGUACCAAAACAGUAAAUCAAGAGUGACCAUGAGCCCUGGCUUUAGCUCCCAGUGGAAUAGCAGCCAACCUGCUUGGAAUACAUACACCUUUCCAAGAGCAAGCUUGCACUACCAGUCCCAUGCUAGCUACACCUACUGUGCUGGACAUCCUGCUCAGUCCUAUGCACCAGCUCCCCACCCCAUGGCUCCUCCCAGUCCCAGCACAAACAGCAGCAACAACAGCAGCAACAACAGCAGCGGAGAGCAGUUGAGUAAAACCAACCUGUACAUUCGAGGCCUUCCACCCGGCACCACUGACCAGGACCUUAUCAAGCUGUGCCAGCCGUAUGGGAAAAUUGUAUCUACAAAGGCAAUUCUUGACAAAAACACAAAUCAGUGCAAAGGUUACGGUUUUGUAGAUUUUGACAGUCCGGCAGCAGCACAGAAAGCAGUAGCAUCUCUCAAAGCAAAUGGCGUGCAGGCACAGAUGGCAAAGCAACAAGAGCAAGAUCCCACAAAUCUAUACAUCUCAAAUUUACCUGUUUCCAUGGAUGAGCAGGAACUGGAGAAUAUGCUGAAACCCUUUGGACAUGUCAUUUCCACCAGAAUAUUAAGAGAUGCUAAUGGAGUCAGCAGAGGAGUCGGCUUUGCCAGAAUGGAGUCUACAGAAAAAUGUGAAGUAGUAAUUCAGCAUUUUAAUGGCAAAUAUCUGAAAACCCCACCCGGUCUACCAGCCCCCACUGAGCCUUUGCUGUGCAAAUUUGCUGAUGGAGGGCAAAAGAAGCGACAGAAUCAAAGCAAAUACACACAGAAUGGAAGGCCGUGGCCCAGAGAAGGAGAGGCCGGCAUGGCUUUGACUUAUGAUCCAACAGCUGCUAUACAGAAUGGAUUUUAUUCCUCACCGUACAGUAUUCCAACAAACCGCAUGAUUCCACAGACAUCAAUCACGCCAUUCAUUGCUGCUUCCCCUGUCUCUACAUAUCAGGUCCAGAGUACUUCAUGGAUGCCUCAUCCGCCAUAUGUUAUGCAACCAACAGGUGCUGUGAUAACACCAACAAUGGACCACACUAUGUCAAUGCAGCCAGCAAGCAUGAUGGGGCCUCUGACCCAACAGAUGAAUCACCUUUCCUUGGGCACAACAGGAACGUACAUGACUGCUGCUGCACCUAUGCAAGGGACCUACAUUCCCCAGUACACUCCUGUGCCUCCAACAGCUGUCCCUAUUGAAGGUGUUGUUGCUGAUACUUCUCCACAGACAGUAGCAUCUUCGUCACAGGAAGCCAGUGGUCAACAGCAACAGAUGACAGUGGAAACAUCCAGUGAACAUGCACCUGCAUAUUCUUACCAACAGUCUAAGUAA